ACUACUAUUAAAUACAACACUAAUCAUACAGCUGAAGCGUUUGUUUUGAUUGUUAUCAAAAACAACUUUUUUGUUAAACAAUUGGAAAUGGAUGCUACAGGAAUUCUAACUCAAAAUGUGGAUAAAACACAGCUACCACCACUUCAUCAGAAACGUGUUUUGGCAUUCGUAAACCACUUUCUUAUAAGCUCUUGUGGUUUCCUCAAUGACUUUGCACUGCAAUGUGAAACAAAAUUCAUCGAAUUGGAACGCAAAUUGCAAAAAGUAGAAGCAGCCUUAACAAUUAUAGAAGCUAAGUUGGCUUCUAUACCGGAUGUUGAUAAAGUGGCAGUACAAACUGAACCCAGUAAAGAAAACACCAUAGUAACGACACCUGUUGAAACUAAAGUCGAAGACGAGCCAUCAGUACAAGAAAUAGAUGAUAGUAUUAAGGGCAUUAAGGUUUCAGAACACAAUUCCUAUAAGAAAUUCUUUAAAAUGUUGCAAGUCGGUGUACCGGCUCAGGCAAUUAAAAUAAAAAUGCAACUCGAGGGUUUAGAUACCAACAUGUUGGAUAACCCCAAUGUCAUCAUUCCAUUUGAAGACAGUCAAUGCGAAGAAAGUUGAUAUUUGAAAAAUGACUGCCGUUCAACUGUGAUCAUAAUGUGUUAUUUAUUACCUUUAAUAAAUUGUAAAGUAUUUAACUGAAUACUUUUUUAUAGUAAAAAAUAAAUUGAAAAUAUAAACAAUGGGUGAAAGUUAUGUACAU